CGAACAAAUCACUCAGCCGUUUUGAUCGCCCGCAGACGGCACACACGACAAACAAAUACACCUCAAACAAAUGCACCUAAAUGCCUGUCUGUCGUAUCUACCGGACACACUCCGGCAUACACGGCCCUUAUCAGAUAUCCUUCUUGCCCUCUUCCUUGUCAUGGCUGUCCCGCUUGAUGAACUUGACGCGCAGGCCAUUGGGCUUCAGCACACCGCCGAUGACUGCACCGCACCCAACACAUCGUGUCCACACACAGAGAGGAGGGGACAUGACCCAUGCGGUGACCGACCAGAGAGAAGGUGCGUGCAGGCUUGGUGGCUUACAUUCUGUCUCGUCCGUCUCGAGAUGGUAUCUCUGGCACAGCAUGGCCAUCGUCACCACCACCUCCUGACACACAUACACACACACACACACACACACAUGUGAGAAACAUACACCAGUUAGCCCUCCCCACACACCACAGACCUGCAUGGCGAACCGCUGUCCGAUGCAAGCCCUUGGCCCGGCCGAGAAAGGCGCGUAGAGAGCGUCGUUAGUCUUGUUGUCGCCCUUCCAGCCAGACUGUCCUUGCGGGUCCAUUCGGUCCGGGUCGAAGACGUGUGGCUGUGGGUAGUGGGCGGGGUGGUGGUGCGGCAUGAUGAAGAAGGCAAUCACAUUUGUACCCUUGGGGAUCUUCACACCACAUAUCUCGACGUCCCUGGACACACGCAGGAAGACCGACCGCCGUCCUUCUGCAGACACGUGUGUGCGCGUGUGGGGGUACCUGACAGCCACGCGCUGGACGCCGCCAGGGCGCAUUCGCAGAGCCUCCUUCAUCACUUGCUGGGUGUAGGUCAGCUGGCCGUAUGUGGCGGCACAGGGAUCCUCACCCUGCACACACAACCGACACACAGACACAGGUGCGCAGCACCGAUCAAAGGUUGGUUGAAACAUAGUGUGUUUGGCAGCUCACCUGCAGCACUCGGUCUGCCUCUUCCUGCAGCCUUUUCUGCACCUGGGUGUUCUCAGGUCUGCCGACAAAGUACAUGAGCCACGACAGGAUGGUGGACGUCGUCUCGUGCCCAGCUGCAGACGCAGCAAGGAAACCGCCACAAACAAUGCUGCAGUCACUGGGGGCAUUUUGCCUGACGUGUGUGUGUGCUGCACUGCCAGCAUACCGAGGAGCAUGGUGAGUGCCUCGGAUAUGAUGAGGUCAUCCGGCAGCCGCUCGCCCGUCUCAGGAUCCUUCGCCUGCACCAACCAAAACCACAACCACACAAGUUCUCCUUCAAACAAGGCCCUUCACAUGCCAACUCCCUCGCUCCCACCUUGAUCAUGGCCGUAACGAGGUCGCCCUUGUCCUGAGCCUGAUCCCCCUUCUCAGCCGUCUCCUCCCUCCUUCUGUCGAUGAGCCUCUGGAUGGUGCUGCGAAUCUGACGAAUGGUCCGCAACAUCCGCACUGUGGGCGGCAGCGGCAGGUAGUCCAUCAGCCGGCCAAGCAGCAACUUGCCAAUCAGAUACCUGCAGGCAGGGAUGGAACGAUUGCCAUCAUUAUUGACUGAGUGCACCUAUUUCAUUCUCUUCUGGUGGCAAGGGGGAAUGAUACCCAUAGUUCGCCGUGAAGAGGUCCUUCCACACCGAAUGCAUCCACUCCCUGUCGAGAUCGCUCCCAAACAUCCCGUCGAUGACCACGCCAAGCGCCAGGUGCCCAAACAGAUCCACAGCGAUGGUCGAUGGGUUGCCGCCCUCAUCGACAGUCCACCUGACGCUGCUCCCCUUGGCCUCGGUGUCGUCAUCGGCGGUGUCCUUCUGGUUGCGGCGUUUUUCGAUGAGGGCGAUGGUCUUGUGGACCUGCGCCACUGUGGCCGGCAGCGCCACGUCACGGAUCUGGGCGUAGUGGAAAAGCGGUGUCAGCAGCUUCCUCUCAUGUCUGAAACACCGCACAUAUCACUCUCCAGUCGAUGGCUUUGCCGUCUGGUCUCGUCAUGCCUAACAUACCUCCAUUCGUCACCCUCUGACACCACCAGUCCCUGCGGUAUGAUGCGGCUAAUCAUGUUCUUGAAUGUCUCGGGCUUGACAAAGUCCACAGUGUCGCGCGAGGUGACCUGCCGAACGGCCUCAGGACUCAUCGCCAUGACUUCGUGGCUGACACACACACACAGAGAGAGAGAGAGGGAAGCCGCCAUACGUAUCUAUCCACAUGCACUUGGUGACAGAACAGAGUGCUGCUCUCCCACCUCCCUGAGACGUUGAUGCCGGCAUACACCAGGUCAGGACAGCCGCCCUCCGCACUGUACAGCUUCUGCAUCCUCUCCCAGGUCCUGACACACACACACACACACGCACACGCGAAGUCCUUCAGCCGUUUGUCCCGGAGCGGCUGUAUGUCACCGUGACUGACCUUUUCAGGCCGCUUCGCUGGUCGAGUGCCUCCAGAGUAGCAAGGCCGGUCCAUCUGGACGCCAUGCUGUGUCUGAUGGCACGGUAUCUGUAGCGAGUCAGAUAUGCGAGGAGGAACCGCAGGAACAGCUGGAUGACGCCAGCGGCCAACAGGCCGAGCAGAGUCCAUCCAGUGAGUGUCAGGAUGACCCACAUGGCUGCCUUCAGAGCGCGAAGAAGCCAGAUCUUUG